AUGACAUCGAAAGCAUUUUCACAAAACACAUUUAUCAACCCAGAUAUUGAAGAAAAAUCAAUAGAGGGAGACAAGGUUUCACGAUCAAGAAAACCUUCCGUUUACGACGCUGUUGCAGGUCGGAUUUCCGCAGCAGGUUUCAUUCCAAGGAGUGUGAUUGUUUCUACAAAUCGGGAUACUACAUCAUCCUCUUUAAGUGCUGUGCCUCCCGAAGCUGUAUUGUUUCGGAGCAAGAAUGCACCAACCAGAUAUGCCGAAUCGGACAUCUACUUUGCAAAUGAACGAGACUCACCGAAGGGAUUGCCCGACUCCGAUCUAUUAAAGUCACUUCACACCUAUGCUUCAGAUUUCUAUUUUCGUGCAACUGCAGAAGGGGGCUCUAUAGAUUGGCGCAGUAUGGACGAGACGGCAUUGAUAGGACUGGGUAUUUUGAUGGAAGAAGCAUCCCGGGAAAUCCUCGGGGAAACGGGCGACUUAACAUUUACUGAAGGGGAAGAAUCCAAGAUCAAUAUUCCUGGGCGCCGUCGACGUACUCGAAGAAGCAGCGUUGAGGCCAGCAGACACACCAAAAGAAGACGCAUCCAUGACGAUCAUGUCAAUGGAACAGGUUGA